AUGAGGAUUCUCAUCAGCGUCGGAACCACGGCUUUUCGGGAGGUGGCUGGAGAGUCUGAUCGAGUUUUCUUUUGCGAUUCAGUUACAGACAUUCAUUCAUUGCUCAGCACGCUACCUGUUGAUAUCUGGAUAUGCGGGGGCGAUGAGGUCGACAGCAAUCUGAUGAGACAAUGGCUCGGCCACAACGCUCUCUCGUCAAGGUUGAUGCUAGUUCGGGACGUGCAGAACAUACGACGAAUACAGGAUUAUACCGACAGUAAGAUGGUCCAUAUCGCUGAGUGGCCAGAGCAGGGCUUGAAAGCAAUUUCGUUCUGUGAACAAGUGCUUCGUUGCGCUGAAGCACAGCAUGUCCAGACUCGACGACUUACCGGAAUUCAGCAGACACUGGUCAAUCGCCGGGGCGUAGUGAUCCUUGUUGGCGCGGGGAUCAUGAAUCUCAUCAAUGCACAUUAUCUGGCCGCCGGUGGAUACUCUGUUCAAGUCCAUGACGCAGGCCCGGACCCGCGAUCAACCCAGGAUUGGACGAAACUAGGGACGACGCAUUGUGGUGGGGAUGCCAGGAUGUUCACGCGCACCGAAGCGGACAACUACAAUGAACAGGGUAACCAGAUAUAUUCAAGCAUGGACACAAUCUUUAGGCGGACCGUAAGCACAGGCGGAUGGAGUGUGAAACCACCCGACGAGUUCACAUCUGCUGAACUGGACUGGGUCGAAUCCUUUGAGAGCCUGCCGGGAUGGUUGUCCCGGGCUUUCAAAGAGGAUAUAUACGAAAUCAACCGGCAAGCUGGGCAGCUCUGGGAAGAUUUCAUGCAAGUGUCACCACACCUGUUUCAGCAAGUCGGUCUACAUCAGGGCAUCACCCGCAUGUAUGUUCAGCGAGACGACCUAGAAGCGUCCAUCAAGCUUAAUACUGGUCUUGGUACAAUGUUGGAKACUUAUGAGCUUCAAGAGUUCUUGAAGGUACACCCCACCUUUGGCUCGGCCGCAGCAACAGAUCAGCUGGCGGGAGGUUUUACCAUCGCCGGCUUCACUCUGAACGUACAUCAGUUCGUUGCGAAACUCAUUGAUGAUCUAAGGGCCAAAGGUGCCGAGUUCCACUGGAACCACCCUAUCAGUAAUAUAAGACGCGAUACUCUCGGACGUGUACUAGGGCUUGAAUCACAUGAAGGCAAGCUGCUCGAAGCGGAUCAUUAUGUCGUGAGCCCCGGAGUGUUGGGAAACAAGCUUCUCGAGGGUACAGUUUCUGGAAGUGCGAUCCAAGGCGUUCUUGGUGUAUGGCUACAGAUCCCUAAUCUUGAGCCAAAAUUGAGCAACUCGAUCAAGCUCCAUCGACGCGGGCAUGUCGUGGAAGACAUCAAUAUCACACUGGCGAACGACCCUCACACAGGAGAAGAUAUACUUGUCUUCGGUGGUGGAUACGGAUUUGUAGGACUUGGUAGGCCUGCAGCCGACAAUCCGGAACUCCAGCUUCUUUUCAGUGAGUUGGAGACUGUGGCUCGAACAUAUUUUCCGCAGGCAUACGAUUUGGCCAAACGGAAUGGCUCUCUCUGGACUGGAGGCAAACAAAAAUUCUGCAUUCGGCCUUUCACGCCUACAGGACUAGGAGUGUUCGAGACUGUCCCGACCGUCUCAGGCGGAAGAUUCAUCAUCACUGGUGGUAAUAACACGGGCGGGUUUGCUCAGGCUCCUGCCAUAGCUCGCGCAGUCCACCGGGCGUUCACCGGCGAGCACGAUCCUAUACAUGUUCUAUUUCACCCAAAGCGCGGUCGGCACAAUGAAGUCUCGGGUCAUGUGCGUCCUGUUUCGCAACCGCGGCUGCUCCAUCGUAUCGAUUCAUCUAGGCCGCUAAGACUACUGUUGCUUUGUUCGGACGGUCCCGAGCAUGCUUACUUGCGGUAUUGCCUUGAGAAAGUCGCACCAUUCUUUCGGUGUAUCGUGGAAACGCACACAGGUCAGAUAACUCAUCUGAAACGGAAAGGGCGCAACGUGGACGCAUGGUAUAUGUGGUAUCAUACCAUGCGUCGUCAGGCCCUCGGGCUUACACGCCAACGCCAAACUUACUUUUCUCGCCUCAUGCCUUGUGGUUAUACUUCUCCGCAACCUGACCUCACGGUUGAGAGUCUAAACUGCAAGGAAGUCUGGCAAGCAGUGGAUGAUUGGCAGCCUGAUUUGACCAUUGUCUCUGGAACCAAGUACAUUGGUAAAAAGCUGAACGAGCGAGGUGGGCUGAUGAUCAACUUGCACAUGGGAUCAUUACCUGACUACAAAGGAAACCACUGUGUCUUUUUCGCUUUGUAUGACGGGGCUCUGGACAAAGUAGCUGCGACAUUGCAUCUUUUGACACCACAACUCGACGGCGGUGCGGUUCUGGACAGGGUGGCCCCACCGAUCCUGCCAAGUGAUACCGAGGAGACUCUGUACACUCGUUGCCUCCAUAUGGCGAUGGAUCGUUGCGUUGAAUAUGUUUCCCGACUUUCUUCGGGUGAAGAGGUUGAAUUCUUCUCUCAGCCACAGGAUGGUAAGAUGUUCCGGCACUGCGAUCGUACGCUGUGGAAGGAGAUCGUACUUUGGAGCAAAUUGCGAUUUGGUGGUUUGCUACGCGAUCGUGGGACUAGCCAGGGUGAUAAGUGA